AAUGCGCAAACUAUUCAAGGAGAUUCUUCAUUGCAGCAGAAGCACUUGGUCAGCGUAGCUCAAGUUGUGCAGGUGUAUCUCUUAAUAAUUUUGACGAAAUAAUUAAAAUCUUUAAAAUGACGAAUCUCAAGUUGACUGUGGUUUUGGUUUUUGCAAUUUCGAUUGUCUCCACCGAGCCACCCCCAGAACGGAAAUGCCGAACGGUUUGGACCGACCUUAAUAAACUGGAGCUGAGACAGAUCGGAGUCUGUACGAAAGAACUGGGAUGGAAGGGUGGGAGAGAAAAGACGCAAAAAUCAACGUGCACGAUGAAAUGCGUUUUGACAAAGGAAGGCUUAAUUCAGGAGGAUGGUCACCUUUCAAUCACAAAUUACAAUUCUUAUCUCAUCGAUCACUUUCCACCAUCCCUGGUUGUACGAUCCAAUGAAACAUUUUUUCCCUGCUUUGAGCUCUUUGAAGGGACAAACAUUGGGGUAGAUCCAGACUGCAAGGAAUACGAGCCCUUUACCAAAUGUCUUACGAAACGAUUUGCCGAUUUAUGCAAAGGUCUUCCAUGAGGGAAUUGGACCAUUUUGACUUAACACUUAUGUUCACUUCAUCCAUUUCAAAAUAUGUUUGUUUCGUAGACGAUAAUGGUUUAUUAAUAUUGCUAGAAUACAAAAAAAAUACUUGACAGCUCUACCUUUUAAAAUUAUUCGUCUUAUGAAUGAACUUUAUUAAUAAAUGUGUUAUCAAAUAAG